AUGAAACUGAUCUUCCUGACCCUGUUGGCUACGGUCUCGUUGGCUCUCGCCAGCGUGGCCACCACGUCGGAGCCUGCUAUGUCUGACUUUAUGAAAGCCCAGGCGACCAUUUUGCCAGCGGCCCCCAUUUCCGACGUCAAGGGUCUUGUUUUUGACCACUUCUAUCAGGUCUGGCUGGAGAACAUUGACUACGAGGACUCCGAGGCAGAUGGCAGCCAGGAGUUCUUCGCUAAGCAGGGCAUUUUGCUUACUAAUUUCUACGCUGUUGCUCACCCUUCGGAGCCCAACUACUGCGCUGCAGCUGGUGGCGACACCUUUGGCAUGGACAACAAUAAUUUCAAGCAGACCCCUGCCAAUGUUUCAACCGUUGCUGACUUGCUAGACACCAAGUCUAUCUCCUGGGGCGAGUACCAGGAACAUCUGCCAUACCCUGGCUUCCAGGGUUAUAACUACUCGAACCAACAGACCUACAACCCUGAAUAUGUGCGCAAGCACAAUCCGCUGGUCCUUUAUGACUCUGUUGUUUCGAAUGACACUCGUCUCCGUCAGAUAAAGAACUUCACAGAGUUUGAUAAUGAUCUGAAGAAUCAGAAGCUUCCACAGUGGGCGUUCAUCACUCCAAAUAUGACCAAUGACGCGCACGACACCAACGUUACCUUCGGGGCCUCGUGGGAGAAGAAAUGGAUGGAGCCUCUGCUGAACAACACCCACUUCAUGAAGAACACCGUCAUCCUCCUGACCUACGACGAGGACAAGACUUACAACAAGACCAACCGCAUCUUCAUUGUUCUAAUCGGCGGUGGUAUUCCUAAAAAUCUCAAGGGAACAAAGGAUGACACAUUCUACACCCAUUACUCCACCAUUGCUACUAUUUCUGCCAACUGGCAACUUCCCUCCCUCGGCCGCUGGGACUGUGGAGCCAAUAUCUUCGAGCUUGUUGCCAACAAGACUGGCUAUGUCAACUACAAUGUCACCAUCUCUGGUCUAGGUCUCAAUGAUACAUACCCUGGACCCUUCUCCGACAACACAUACUCCAAGUUUUCACCUGUCUGGCCCAACCCCACCACCGAGGGCAAUUGUUCAGCCGGCCAUGGCGUCUUGGACAUUGUCAAAACGACUUUCAACGGCACCAAGCCUACUUACAAUUACACUUACCCUUUCCCCUGGGAUGGAAAAUCCGGCUAUAACCUCAAUGUCACCGCCAGUCGCCAGCUGGACGGUAAGGAGAUUACCAUGACUUCUUCCAAGCCCAAUGACUCCAAAUCUGGUGCUGCCGUUGCAGCUCUUCCCAGCUCGGUGGCUUUCACUGGAGCCCUGGUGGCCGCCUUUGUCUACUUCCUGUAG